UGCUAGAAGAAACGACGUGUUUUUAUCCGGAUUAAUUUUACCAGAAGUUUAUAAAUGACUUCAAAAAAUGUAUAUUUACGAGCUACCAUUUGAAGUGAACAAAGAGUUGUGUAGAUUACUUGACAAUGAUGAAGAAUGGAAGGAAUUAGCUGGUGUUCACAUGAGAUAUUCACCUUUUGAUGUUAAUGAAAUAGAACGAGAAGCGAAGCAUAAAUUAUCAUCACCAACGGCACAGCUGUUUAUAAAAUGGGGCCAACUGAAUCAUAGAGUAGAGGAACUCUUUAUACUUCUGUACCGGAUGAAGCAUGUACCAGCACUAAGAUGUUUGGUACCAGUUGUUGAUAGCAGGUUUCACAGACUAUUGAGCAAACAUGAUAUAACUAGAAGUAUUAAAUCUAAGAAUGCUGAUGAUGAUAAUGUUAAACGGCCAGCAAAAAUGGAGAGCAGUAAUAGUUCCAUACCAAUACCUGUAAUGCUUAUGCAAAAUGGUAUAAGUAAUAUGUUACCGAACAUAAGGUCAGUUGAAGCACUCAGUAAUGAUGAUUCCAGUCUACAGUCGAGUUCGAAUAAUUCAAGUCGUAACGAUUCGAAGCCGUCUAGUUUGAAUGAUGAGUUGAUAAAGAAGAUAUCAGCUAUCCCGAUGGUGCAUUACGAAGAACUGAAGGCCGCCACUGACAACUGGAGCGAGAGUAAUCUAUUAGGCAAAGGUGGAUUCGGACAGGUUUAUAAAGGUGUUUGGAAGCAAUCAGCGGUGGCUGUUAAACGUCUUUUGAACAGCGAUUCCAGCAAUAAUAGAGAGCUGAUAGGAGAGAUGUGUCUCAAUCAGUACCGGCAUGAUAAUAUACUGCCGCUGUACGGGUACAGUCUUGGUGGUCCGGAGGCGUGUCUCGUGUACCAGUACAUGUCGGGGGGCUCGCUAGAGAAGCGGCUGCGUUGUCGGACAGGCCACCCGCCUCUCACAUGGCCGCAGCGUUACAAGAUCGCGCACGGUGUUGCCAGAGGUCUACAAUAUCUCCACACGAUGGAAGGUACUCCUCUCAUCCAUGGAGAUAUCAAACCUGGUAACAUCUUGCUGGACCAGUGCAUCAUGCCCAAGAUCGGGGACUUCGGGCUCGCGAGGAAGGGGCCUUACGGUGAAGAUAGAACACAUAUGAAAGUGUCCAGAGUUCACGGUACCCGACCUUAUUUACCAGACGAGUAUCUGCGCUCCCACUAUCUAUCCCCAGCAGUGGACGUGUUCAGUUACGGCGUGGUGAUGCUGGAGCUGGCCACAGCUUUGCCUGUCAUGGACAGGACCAGAACUGUCCAGUUAUUGAGAGAUUAUGUCAUUCAGCUGCAGAACAGACCGGCUUUUGAUUUAGCAUCACUAGAAGAUCGCAACAUCCAAGGCACAGUGCACUCGAACCCGGCGCUGUGUCGUGAGAUAAUGUUCAUAGGUCUGCAUUGUACGAGAUACGACCGGCACGAGAGACCCGCCAUGUUACAUGUAUACAAGCAGCUCGACACCAUGCAUGUGCCAGACGAAUACUACAACUGAUGUAUACUGAGGAAUUACGAUGUAUAUUUAAGAAAUUAGAAAAUUCCCAACAUUGCAAUGAUAUAAUAACUGAAAUAUGAUGAAGUAUACUGAGAAAGGAUGAAGUCUUUACUGAGGAAUUAUGAAGUAUACUGAGGAAUGAAGAAGUAUAUUUAAGAAAUUGGAAAAUUCCCUACUUUGCAGAAAUAUAAUAACUGAAACAUGACGAAGAAUACCGAGAAACGAUGAAGAUACUGCAGAAGGAUGAAGUUAUACUAAGGAAAUAUGAAGUUAUACUGUGGAAGUAUGAAGUAUACUGAGGAAGUAUGAAGUAUACUGAGGAAGUAUGAAGUAUACUGAGAAAGGAUGAAGUACAAUUCCUCACAAUGCUGCACGUCUACAAAAAUUCAGAAAUCAGUGCCAUUUAUUUAUCCCUCUAUCUGCUUUAAAGAAAAAAUCUGUAUAUUUUUAGAUUGUAGUUAAAUAUUUAAAAAAAAAGUUUUGAAGUGACCAUCUGUUCAAUGU